AUGUCGAGGCCCAUAUCUCCGAAUACGACAUCCUCCCAUUCCUCCUUCGUCGGCCAGGAAUUCUCGAACAACCUCCUCAGCGAUCUCGCACCGCUCCUCACCCUAUUCGGCGAGCAAGUGACGAAGCAGUUCCUUAGUAUGUCUAUGGGCUGGGCCGACAACAUCCUCCUCUCUCUCGGGCCUCUGGGGAUAAUGACAAUCCUGGUCAGCACGAUUCGAGUCAGCGGAGUGAAGCGUCUGAAAACUAUUGUCGGGAGAGCGCGCGAAAGCAAAGCCACUGCGGAAGCUGAACUCCUUUCGUCAACCUCCCAUGAGGUGUGCGAAAUGUGGGAUGAUCAGCAAGUCGUGCGCACGUUCGGAUCUCCCAAGACACUUCAGAUCGUUAUCACCCACGAGAAGUCGGGACUCAUUGCUCGAAAUCUGAAGGAUGCAUACUUGGACGGGUAUCUGGUGGAUACGCGUGGGCGUAAGCUCUCAAGCGAUGAACUGGAGGAACUAGGCGAAGCUCCCAACCUUACGCUGAAUGCUCCUGGGUCCACUGUCUCAAACGUCGAAUUAUGGGCAUGGGUGCUCGUGGGAACAGUAGCUCAGCUGAGCGCGGUCGUAUUCCCCGGAGUCAUGCAGUACCGUUGGGGUUGGAGAGUUGCGUCGUACGGUUAUCCCUGCUACCUACUAGGCACCGUUACGCUCAUCGCAGGGCUUACGCUCUGCUCAAGAACCAUUGAAGGCAGCACAACAGAGCUUAACUUCGUUCCUAACCCCGAAAGGAGUCCCAAUGCAAAUUAUCAUGCUCCAACGACCAACCCUCAAAUCCGAGUGUCGAGGUUGAACAAGAAGGACUAUAGGUAG